AUGUUUAAUUUUUCUUUUCAGCAGAAGCAAAUUGGGAGCAGUCUUCAGUUUCUUCCCCCACAGGGUCAAGAAAUUGGUGAUGGUUCCAUGGGAAGUCCUGGUUCAGAAAAAAGAGCUGGCAGUGGAGCAAGGAGGACCAGUGCAGGCAGCAGACCUCCAGGUUUACAGAGAGCAGACUCUGGUUCUGGGAGGAGAAGUAUGACUCCAACCAAACAGGUUGCUCUGCAGACAGUCAGGAAGAAAGAAGACACCGAUGUGAGUUUUGGAGACUUUGACUGGAAGGCAUAUGAAGCACAGGAGGAAGAGAAACUUAGGAGAGAAGAAUCCAAGCUAGAACAGGAGAUGAAGGACAUGUCACUGCAGGGACAUCCGUUGCUUGGUGGUUCUUCUCGCCACAAGAGGGCGCCAGAUCCUCAGAGUACAGUCAGCACUGGGGCGGAAGCAUCCAGUAAUGGGAAUAAUAGCAACAAAUCUGUCAAACCUGAUAUAGCCACUGCAGAAGGCGAUGACGCUGAUGCGGAAGAUGAGGAUGAAGAUGAAGAAGAUGAGGAGGAAGAGGAGGUGAAGGCUCCCAACCAGUUGAUUAUGGAGUUUCUUCAAUGUGUGAUGGAGCAAGAUUACCCAAAUGCAGCUAAACUCUGUCAGAUGAUUCUCCUGUAUGAGCCAGAACACCCCGAGGCUCUCAUGUUCAAACCACUGAUUGAAGAGAAGAUGCAGCUUGAUGCAGAGGCCAGUUCUGAAGAGAGUGAUGAUGAUGAGGAAGACGACGAUGAUGAAGACGAGGACGACGACGAUGACGACGAUGAUGAUGAUGAUGACAGUUCUCCCGAAGAGUCAGAGGAGUCUGAUGCAGAUGAGGAUGGGAUAAAACCAGAUUCAGGUAUUGCCUCAGCCAAUGAAGACAUGUCGAAUGGACAUAGACACUAGUGCCAACUAUAAACAUAUAACAAAACUCUUUGUGAUGGUGUCAUUCAUGAUGAUAUGUGUAACACUUUUGGAACUGUGACAUAAUUAAUAUCAUAAUACGCAGAUACUGGUGACAUCUACUGGAUUGACAGGAGAUGCAGGAGAACCAAGACAGAUGUUUAAGAUUCAGGGAAGUGAUAUUUUAACUGAUGUCAGAUUCAAUAGAAAUAUGAUUUUAAUUUUUAAGCUAUGUUGUGUAUUAAAUAUUUCUUUAUUGAUUAUUUCUUUAUUUUUGUAUUAUUUUUUGUGUGGGUGGGAGAUUUUCAUGCAGACACUGAAUUUGUCCGUUCUUGCAGCUAUCACCAGUCUGUUGGUGUGGCUAAUGUGAUGGAAUGGCCAUGCACUUUGUUUAUCAUUGGGAAACGGACACAGUCGUGUGUUUCUACUUGCUGGAGUCAUCUAUAUUAAAUACAUAUCAAUUUUACUAAGAGGCUCAGUUGAAUAAUGUUCCAUUUUUUUUUUGCCUUUCUUAUUGCUAAAAUUUCAAGCAUGUUUUUUUUCAUGCUUUGUCAUCUCAUCUUUAUUUGAUUUUAAUGUUGGGAAAUGUGUUUUUAAGUAAGGUCAAAACAAAUUUGAGU